AGGAGUUUAAUCGGUGUGGCGCACUUGGGCACUCUUGAGUCUGUCCACAACACCAAACCUGACAUGAACAUGAUGUCUUAUCUGAAACAGACGCCUUACACGGUGAACGGGCUGACUCUGACGACCUCUGGAAUGGACCUUCUGCAUCCGUCCAUGGGUUACCAAGCGACUCCCCGUAAACAGAGGCGAGAGCGGACGACCUUCACUCGCGCUCAGCUGGAGAUACUGGAGACGGUGUUCACCAAGACGCACUAUCCGGACAUCUUCAUGCGGGAAGAAGUGGCCUUAAAAAUCAACUUGCUGGAGUCUAGAGUGCAGGUUUGGUUCAAAAACCGAAGAGCAAAGUGCCGUCAACAGCAGCAACAAAACCAGAGCGGUGCGCCGUCCAAGAGCAAACCCGUGAAGAAGAAGAGUUCUCCGGUCCGAGAGGAACCCUCUGAGAGCAACACCAGCGGCCCGUUUACAAGCCCGUCCGGCACCUCCAUACUGCCCAUGUCCACUAGCACAACCGUACCGGUGUCCAUCUGGAGUCCGGCGUCCAUCUCAGACGCUCUGUCCACAUCCUCAUCUUCAUGCAUGCAGAGGUCUUACCCCGUGACAUACACACAGGCGUCUGGAUACAGCCAGGGAUACACGGCCACAACGUCUUAUUUCAGUGGAAUGGACUGUGGCUCGUAUCUUAGCUCGAUGCAUCACCAUCAGCUGAGUCCGGUGCAGGGUUACGGGCCCGCGGGCAUCGGGUUCAACACGCCCUCGGACUGCUCGGAUUACAAGGAGCAAAGCGCUUCAUGGAAGCUCAACUUCAACUCGGACUGUUUGGAUCACAAAGAUCAGACGUCGUCUUGGAAAUUUCAGGUUUUGUAA